AAAAUGAAAUAAUUAAAAUACCAUUUUGUACUGGCAAUGAACAACUGCGUGAAAAAUUAUUAUCGAAAUUUAAAAUUACAAAGUUUAAUGAAAUUACAAAUAUUUAUGAGCAUAAGGGAAUCAAGAGUGCAUUCAAUGCUGUAAACCUUAAUCUAUCCACCAAUCAUGCUUACAUUUUAUUGCUAGGCUUAUCAGGUUCAGGAAAAUCCUCUACAAUUAAUUUCUUAUUUAAUAAAGAUAUUACUGUCACCGGAGAUGGAAAAUCCCAAACAAAAGAAACUAUCGAAUUCAAAGCUGAAAUUAAUGAUUCACGUUUAAGAAUAAAAAAUCUUGGGAUAAGUAUUAUUGACGGCCCAGGUUUAGAAGAUUCAAAAGGGAUUGAAGAAGAUGCAAAAAAUAUUUUAUGUUACAAACGGUUUUUAGAAUCACAUCCACAACUUGCCUCAGUCAGACCAAAUGUGAUUAUGAUAGUUGCGGAUCUUAAUGAUACUCGUCUUGGUGAUUCAGAAAAUGUAGAGACACCUUUUGCAAGAAUGUUAAAAGGGAUUAAAUUUG